AUGAGUUAUACUUAUGUCCCAAAGGUAAAACCUGAUAAUAAUAAAAAUAAUAGUAACACUAAUAUUAAUAAUAAUAAUAAUAAUAAUGUUCAACCACAACACCAUUUUCAACAAGUAUUUGUAGAAAGACAACAACCACCACCACAACAACAACAACAACAACAACAACAACCACCAUUCCAACAACAACAACCACAACAAUAUCAACAAGGUUAUUAUGGUGUUAAUAAUAAUAAUAAUAAUAAUAAUAAUCAACAAAAUGCUUUUGUACCACCAUUAGCAAAACAAGCACCAAAAGAAAAAAAACCACCAAGACCAAAACCUGAAAAGGUCGCUCCUAUCCCAGGUGCUCCUCAAAUUGAAAAACAAGCAGGUAGAAUCCCAAAAAAGAAUAAUAAUAAUAAUAAUAAUAAUAACAACAACAACAACAAUAAUAAUAAUAAUAAUGUUGAUCCACAACAACAACAACAACAACCACAACAACAACAACCUCAACAACCUCAGCCACCAAUUGCUAAACCACCAAAACCAAUUAAAAAAGAAAAACCAAAUAAACCACCAGCACAAAAACAACCACCAGCACAACAAUUAGCACAACAAGACAAUAAUAAUAAUAAUAAUAAUAUUAAUAAUAUUAAUAAUAAUAAUAAUAAUAAACCAAUUAAACAAAAACCAAUAAGAACAAAUAAAAAUGAUAUUAAAAAAUUAAAAGAAGAACAAGAAGAGAAAGAACGUAAGGAGAAACAAGAGAGAGAGAAAAAGGAACAAGAGGAGAGAGAAGAAAAAGAGAGAAUUGAAAAAGAACGUAAAGAAAAGGAAGAAGAGGAGAGAAAAGAAAGGGAAAUGAAAUUGGAGCAAGAAAAGAAGGAGAGGGAAUUAAAACUUGAGCAAGAUAGAAUUCAAAAGUUAAAAGACGAGAUACAACUUCAACAAAAACUUCGUAGCCUAAAUCAAAAACAUAGCAAAGCCAAUAAACAAGGCACCAAAGAUUUAGACUCUAGCUUUAAAAAGGUAUCGACAUUUGUAAAGAAAGUCAAGACCUUGACUGAAUGCAGGGAGAAUAUCGUCAGUGAGGUGUCGCAGCUCAAUCUCUCCCACUACGUCUCGGAGAUCAUCCCGUCGCUCUUGAAAUCCAAUUUCAAAGCCCAGGAUAUCCCCUACGUGAUUCAGGUGCUCUCAAUGAUGUAUCAGAAAUACGACGAUGUCGACACCAUCAUCGCUGAGCAAAUUCCUCCAUUUUUCACACCCCUUAUCAUAGCAUCAACCGAUUCAGAGAAUGAAAGAAAUUCGAAAAUCACCAAACGUAGAUUCAUAAUUCGUAUAAUGAUUGAUUUAUUUUGUGUUGAUAUCAUUCAUUCCUAUCAACCAAUUUAUAAAUUGGUUAGUAAACUUUCAACCUCUUCAACCAUUGAACAAGAUAAAGAGAGUGGAUAUGGUAAUUUAUUAACAUUUUUAGUAUUUUUAAAACAAUUUCAACAAGUUUCAAAUUAUAAAGAUAAAAUACCAGAUUUAAUAAAUCUAUUUCAUAGUUUAUUAACUACUGAAGAAAUUACAAAUACUAAAAACUUAAUUUCAAAUUAUUAUCAAACUUUAUGUAAUUUUUUAACAAAAGAGAAAUCUCUAUUAAGAGAUAGAGAAAAAGAAAUUAAAUUAUUUAUGAGAACAAAAGGUGAAGUACCAGAAGAAUCAUCAAAAGAUUAUGAUUCAAUGAGAAAACAAUAUGAAAAGUUAAUUACAAAUAUAUCAAGUUUUGCAGAAUUAAUUGGUGAACCAAUUCCAAAUAAUGAUUAUUCAUUCCAAUUGGAAGAGGAAAUUAAUAAUGAACAAAAAUCUGAACAAUUGGAAGUUUUUGAUUCACCAUUUGAAAAUGAUGAACAAAAACAGUUUUAUGAAAUUACUUUACAUGUACCUUCAAAAGAUUCAAUUAAUAAUACUCCAAAAUCAACUUCAACUAAUAAUACAGCAACAACAACUAAUAAUAAUACUAAUACCACCGCUACCACUACAACUACUCCAUCUUCAACACCACUACCACCAACAUCAACAACAACAACAAUAAAUUCAUUACCUUCAACACCAUUAAAUUCAACACCAACUUUAACGUCAAUAAAUAGUACAAAUGAAGUAUCACCAACUAUAACAGAAUCAAUUUCAUCAUCAUCAACAACAACUACAACUAUAACUACAAAAACUAGUGAAGAAAUUGAAAAAGAAAAACAAAGAGUUAAACAUUGUUUAGAGGAUAUAGUUAAACAAUUAAAAAAUUCAAAUAAACCAAGUGUAAUUGAUUCAUUGGUUACAGAAUUUAUAAAAUUACCAAGUAAAUUCACCAAAUUAUUCCUUCAACAAUUAUUACUUCAUUCUAGAAUUGAUCAUAUUCCAUCGAUUUGUAGAUUUUUAGCAACCAUUUAUCAAUCAAAUAGUUAUAGGGAAUAUGUUAAUACCUUUAUCAAAGAGAUUGAAGAAGAUAUGAAAGGUUUGUUUGAAAAGAAAGAACCAAAUCUAUUGAAUGUAAAAUUAAGGAAUAUAACAUUCAUUUCAGAGUUUAUCAAGUUUUCCAUAUUACCAAAAUCAACUGCAUUCUCUUAUUUACGUAUUUGUUUCGAUGAUUUCAUUCAACAUAAUAUUGACGUGGCUUGUUUAAUCUUUGAAACCUGUGGUAGAUUCCUAUAUAGAACACCAGAUACUCAAAUUAGGUUAAGAAACAUGUUGGAUAUUUUAAUCAAGUAUCGUAACUCCACUAGUUUAGGCGCUACAAAGGAACCAAUGGUAGAGAAUGCCUAUUUGGCUUGUAGACCGUUGGUGGUAAAACGUAAGCAAAUCAAUCCUAUCAAAAAGUUUGUAAAGUUUUUAAUUUUCAAAUAUUUAUCAUCCACCACAUUGGACAGAAUCGUUGAGAAGAUCCUUCAAUUGCCUUGGCCUGAUUGCAGUGACUAUCUCUGUAAAUAUCUAUUGGAUGUGCAAAAGGGUAAAUUUGGCAACAUCUAUUUAAUAGCCGAUGUUUUAUAUCACUUGAAAGAAUACUAUCCCGAGUUUGUCCGUCACGUAAUUUGGAAGCUUUAUGAAGAGAUCACCAUUGGCUUUGAAAAGAACGAUUUCAAUUACAACCAAAAGAGAAUCAUGCAAGUCACACUAUUUGGCGAAUUGUAUAAUGCAUGUUUAUUGGAGACUAAUCAUAUCUUUGAUUUACUCAUUGGUGCACUCGAAUUUGGGUAUACCACUAGUCAUCUCUUCCCUUCCAAUAUCUUUAGAGAGAGAGAUCUCCUAAAGAGUAGACCAAAACCAAAUUUGGAUGAUUUCGACCCAAUCAAUGAUUGCUUCAGAGUUAGGUUCAUUUCCACUUUACUUUUAGUUUGUAAAGAUUGUUUCCCUUUAGAAGAUAUUGAACAACAUUUAAAACCAUAUUUAGUAUUCUUUCAACGUUAUACUCUAACAAAAUUAUUACCUCUAGAAAUUGAAUUUAUGAUUACCGAUUGUUUACAAAUUGUACCAGAUAUUAAAGUUUUUAAAACUUGGGAAGAAGCAAAUGAUGAAUGUAUGAUUUUAUCAGGUAUUACACCACAAUCAAAACAAGAAUUACAAAAACAAAAACAAGAAUUACAACAACAACAACAACAACAACCAAAAAUUAAAAUCCAAUCAAAUAAAUCAAAAUCACCUUCAUCUAUGUCUUCUACUUCUCCACAACUUUCUUCUUCUUCACCAUUACCAUUACAGCAACAACCACAACCUCAACAACCACAACCUCAACCAAUUAUUAUUGAAAGUGAACAAGAUGUUUUAAAUAUUAUUCAAGAUAAUGAUGAAGAUGAUAUUAGUCUUGAGGAAGAUAUUCUUAAAGAAUUUAAACAAAUGUUAACAGAUGGUCAACAAGAACAAAAGAAAAUAAUUGAAAAACAAAAACUUGCACUUCCAUCACUUUUUAGUAUUGACGCAAAUAAUUCAAAUAACAAUAAUAAUAAUAAUAAUAAUAACUAUAUUAAUAGUAAUCCAGUUUCACCAACACCAGGUACAAAAACAUUUAAGAUUUUAUUGAAAAAAGGUGAUAAACCAAUCUCAAAGAAUAUUGAAAUACCUGAAGAUAGUGACAUUGUUGUAAAUAUUAUGAACGCAAAAGAAGAAUAUGAAAAAGAUAUAAGAGAAAAUAAAAAAAUGGUUUUAAAACAACUUCAAUUAAGUGAAAAAUAA